UUUUACUCCUAAACGCACAUCUUAACUAACAACAGCCCGGACAAAAGCACAGGAAUACACAGAUUCCGGUGAGUUAAACGCAGGCUGAGACUGUCGCCAAAACCGUUUGAUUUCUUUAAUUUCGAUCAAACUCUUCUCCCAACACCCAUUCCAUUUCCUUCGAAGCCCAAGCUUUCCAAUUCGAAGCUGUUCGGGAUUGCAACGACGCCGUUUGGUUGUUUCAGAUCCGAGUUACGUUCAUUCAAUGGCUUCGUGGCUCAAAGCCGCAGAAGAUUUGUUUGAAGUUGUAGAUCGAAGAGCAAAGCUGGUUGUCAAUGAAUUGGCUGAUGAACAAUCUGAUUCUCAACCUACAGGUGCUAAUAGGCAAGGAUCUCAACCCAAGAGGAAGUCAAAGACUAAGGCUCAAAAGAGAGUCCCCAGGAAUGAAUCUGAUACUUCAAAGGAGCAAAGUAGUACAUUGAUUUCACAAGAAGAUGUGACACCCGAAAGUAAUAGGGCGGCUCAGUUAGUUGAGAAUGACGGAACUCCUGAUACGUCUGUGGCCCAAACAGACAAUGGCCAGCAGCACACUAUUGGAAAAGAUUCCCCCAUGGUAGUCAUUCCUUUAACAGAGAAACUAGCAAAUGACGCGGUUGAACGUGAUGCUGAUCAUAUAGAAGUCCCAUCAACUGUUACUGAUGUGGAAGCUAUCACACCUUCAAAUGGUGAGAUUGUCAAUGAGAAUGCUUUAGAUGUUCAUAAAGAACACCCUCCUUUGUCAUUGCCUGCCAAAACAGUUGAGAUUGUUAAUGAAGAUCGUCCAAUUGAUGCUGGCCAAAGUAUCAAAUCUGGAGAUGCAGAUGUUACUUCGAAGAUUGACCAAGAGAGAUCUCAAUCUGUGUCUACUGAUUUGCCCAGUAAUGGUGAAAUUCAAUUGGAAGAUGGUGAUAUUGAAGUUGAACCUCUUGUCAUUCAAAAGGGGCAACAAGAGGAUAAAACUGAGAAAAAAAGGCAACUGGAGGAUAAAGCCGAUGGUUCUCCCUUGAAAGUACAGGACCAACUUGAUGAGGCUCAGGGACUGCUUAAAACUACAGUUUCCACUGGUCAGUCUAAAGAGGCAAGGCUAGCUCGGGUUUGUGCUGGACUUUCAUCCCGUCUUCAAGAAUACAAAUCUGAGAAUGCACAGCUAGAGGAACUUCUCAUAGCGGAGAGAGAGCUGAGUAAAUCAUAUGAGGCUCGCAUAAAGCACCUGCAGCUAGAUCUGUCUGCAUCCAAAAGUGAAGUGUCAAGAAUAGAGUCAAAUAUGGUUGAGGCCUUGGCAGCAAAGAACUCUGAAAUUGAGGCACUUGUCAGUUCUAUGGAUGCACUUAAAAAACAAGCUGCUUUGGCUGAAGGAAAUUUAGCCUCAUUGCAGGCAAACAUGGAGUCCAUUAUGAGAAAUAGGGAAUUAACAGAGACAAGGAUGAUGCAAGCUCUACGGGAGGAGUUAGCAUCUGCAGAACGGAGAGCAGAAGAAGAGCGUGCUGCGCACAAUGCUACCAAAAUGGCUGCUAUGGAAAGAGAGGUAGAAUUGGAACAUAGAGCAGUUGAAUCAUCCACAGCCCUUGCAAGGACCCAGAGAAUAGCAGAUGACAGGACAGCAAAGGCAGCAGAGCUUGAGCACAAGGUGGCACUGCUUGAGGUUGAAUGUGCAUCUCUAAAUCAAGAACUGCAAGAUAUGGAAGCUCGUGCUCGCCGUGGACAAAAGAAGUUGCCAGAAGAGGCAAAUCAAGCGAUUCAGAUGCAGGCUUGGCAGGAAGAGGUCGAGCGUGCACGCCAAGGACAGAGAGAUGCUGAGAGCAAACUUUCUUCUUUGGAGGCUGAAGUGCAAAAAAUGAGAGUAGAAAUGGCUGCAAUGAAAAGAGAUGCUGAGCAUUAUUCACGUCAGGAGCACAUGGAGCUAGAGAAACGCUACCGUGAGCUAACUGAUCUACUGUACUACAAGCAAACACAGUUAGAGGCCAUGGCUAGUGAAAAAGCUGCAGCAGAGUUUCAAUUGGAGAAGGAGAUAAGGCGUAUUCAAGAAGUGCAGGUAGAGGCUGAAAGAAGUAGAGUGUCCCGUCGGGCAUCAACAACUUGGGAAGAAGACACUGAAAUGAAAGAACUUGAGCCUCUCCCCUUGUAUCACCGCCAUAUGGUUGGGGCAAGACUACAGUUGCAAAAGGCGGCAAAACUAUUAGAUUCAGGGGCUGUCAGGGCCACAAGAUUUCUUUGGCGCUACCCAACAGCUCGUGUUAUCUUGCUUUUUUAUCUGGUAUUUGUACAUUUCUUCUUGAUGUAUCUGAUGCAUCGUCUUCAGGCACAAGCAGACAAUUUUACCGCAAGAGAAGUUGCAGAAUCUAUGGGACUUACGACCCCUACCUUGCCGUGAUUGUUUUAGCUGCAGCAGGUAGAAAGGUAGCAUAACCCGUUUUAUUUUUUAAAAGGGUACAUCUUCCAAUUCUGGAAAAGCAUGGAAUUGCUUGAGAAUGAUGCAACAGGAUAUGAAAUAUAAAAAGAAGUUGAAAUUGUCAGUCUAUUCUUUCUUUUAUACAACAAUUCGAGGAAUUAGUUGAUCCUGGAGAAACUGCUGCCAGUUGGGAUUAGGAGACUGCAUUCAGGUGAAGGUAGACACUAGACAGUAGGCUGCAUCUCUCUCCAUCGUCUUCAAUUGGCAUGCAAAUGUUGAUAUGUCACAAUUUAUAUGUUUCUAUGAUUGAUUUGUAAGCCUCACAAACACUCAAAUUAUAUUCGAAGUGAAGUCGUCACCAUUUAGAUCCA